GGGAGAGAUAAAGGAAGGAAACGACGAAGAAAGGGAGGAAAGCCAUAUCGAAGGAAAGAAAAAGAAAGAAGGAACAAAGACAGGAGAGAAGGGAGAGAGAAAGGAAGGAAACGACGCAAAAAGGGAGGAAGGCAAAGGCAGGAUGGCGAGUAACCUGAAGGUGCAUAUGCUUCGUCUGCUCCCCGGCCAGGAGGUAUCCUCGGCCCUGGAGGAGUACGUGCGCCGCCACGCUCCCCGCGGCGCCUUCGUCAUGACCUGCUGCGGCUCCGUCACGCACGCCACGCUGCGCCUCGCCGCCAAUGCCAACGGCGAGACCAACAAGAUCGAGUCCUACAACCAGCACUUCGAGGUCUUGAGCCUGUCGGGGACGCUAAGUCAGGGCGGGUCACACCUCCACAUUUGCCUGAGUGACCACGAGGGGCGGACCAUUGGAGGUCACGUGAUGGGCGACCUGACCGUCUUCACCACCAUGGAGGUCGCACUUGGAGAACCCCUUGACCUCACCCUUGACCGCGCCUUCGACAGCUCCACCGGCUUCCCCGAACUGACCAUCGCCAAGGAUACGCAGGUUGCAGAGAAGGAUGAGAAGGAUGCUUAGUCGUAUUAAAAGAUAUAUCACCGCCUAAGAACACAUAUUUAACAAGGCUUUCGUACCCCAUCUUCCCUUCCCCCAUCUUCCCCCACCCUCUCCCCUUCCCUUCCCAUCACCAUCGACACCAUCUACCCCAUCUUCCCUUCCCCCACCCUCUUCCCUUCCCUUCCCAUCAUCAUCGACACCAAAUACCCCAUCUCUUCUUCCCUUCCCCCACCCUCUUCCCUUCCCUUCCCACACCUUCUACCCCAUCUCUCCUUCCUCCACCCUCUUCCCUUCCCUUCCCAUCACCAUUGACACCAUCUACCCCAUCUUCCCUUCCCUUCACCACCAUCUCUCCAUAUCGACACACUAUCAGGAGAGAAGAUAAAAAAGUGCUCAGGAGAUACGAUCAAGUACUUACCGGAGAAGAGGAGAUCAAAGUUCCCAAAAGUAUCCUUACAGGAGGAGACAAUACCAGAAAGUACUUAAAAUGAACAAUGUGAGGAGUAUAGGAGACCAGGAGGCGCCUAAUCUUUACAGCAUCAGGAGGAGAGAAGACUUGAUGUGAUAGUGAGGUUUGAUUAAUGACACUAAAGCCCCGUUCACACUUUCCGAUAUUCUCCCUUCCUGACACGAUAUAUUUUAGGCAGUUUCCGAUAUUCUCCCUUCCUGACACGAUAUAUUUUAGGCAGUUUCCGAUAUUCUCCCUUCCUGACACGAUAUAUUGUUUUAAGCACUUUCCGAUAUUCUCCCUUCCUGACACGAUAUAUUUUAGUCAGUUUCCGAUAUUCUCCCUUCCUGACACGAUAUAUUUUAGUCAGUUUCCGAUAUUCUCCCUUCCUGACACGAUAUAUUUUAGUCAGUUUCCGAUAUUCUCCCUUCCUGACACGACAACCCAGGGACUCAGGGUAUACGAGGUCUUGGGUGUGAAAUGUUUAUAUGGAAAGGUCGCUCAUGGUCGGAAAGAGGUCUUGAAACGAUCGCCGGAUGCUGGGUCGGCACAGUGUGAAGGGGGUCUUUAAUUAAAGUCGCUGAGUUGUCGUGGCCCAGAGUCGGCACAGUAUGAACGGGGCAUCAGGAGGAGAACGAAUGAAAAAGUGUCGCAUAUUGGCGCUAUCAAUAAGGAGAUAAAAACGUAAACAAAAAAAGAGGGAGAACUUUCCUUUAACACUAGACCCCAAAAAAGAAUAACAGAAAAUGAGAGAAGAAAACUUGACAAAUAUACGAGGAAAAGACAAAUAUAAAAUGGAAGGAACCUUAGCAGCCAAAUACGAUGACGAUGAAUGAUAAAACAAGACAAAAAAUGGGGGACUUCACUCUCUUCCGACGCUAGAAUCUCCCCCUCAAAAAAAAAAGUGAAGAAAACCUUACAGUAAGAUGAGGAAAAGACGAACAGAAGAUAAAAGAAGAAAACACGUCACUCAAAUAACGAACAGAAAACAGAAGAAGAAAACACGUCACUCAAAUAACGAACAGAAAACAGAAGAAGAAAACACGUCACUCAAAUAACGAACAGAAAACAGAAGAAGAAAACACGUCACUCAAAUAACGAACAGAAAACAGAAGAAGAAAACACGUCACUCAAAUAACGAACAGAAAACAGAAGAAGAAAACACGUCACUCAAAUAACGAACAGAAGACACAAGAAGAAAACACGUCACUCAAAUAACGAACAGAAGACAAUAAGAAGAAAACACGUCACUCAAAUAACGAACAGAAAACAGAAGAAGAAAACACGUCACUCAAAUAACGAACAGAAAACAGAAGAAGAAAACACGUCACUCAAAUAACGAACAGAAAACAGAAAAAGAAAACACGUCACUCAAAUAACGAACAGAAAACAGAAAAAGAAAACACGUCACUCAAAUAACAAACAGAAAACAGAAGAAGAAAACACGUCACUCAAAUAACGAACAGAAGACAGAAGAAGAAAACACGUCACUCAAAUAACGAACAGAAAACAGAAGAAGAAAACACGUCACUCAAAUAACGAACAGAAAACAAGAAGAAAACACGUCACUCAAAUAACGAACAGAAAACACAAGAAGAAAACACGUCACUCAAAUAACGAACAGAAAACACAAGAAGAAAACACGUCACUCAAAGAAGACAAUAAUGAAGUGAAAAUUGGAGAAGAAGAAACUACAAAAAAAAAUGAAGAACAGGAAUGGAAGGAAAGUGUCACAGAUGGAAGGGAAGAAUAUGAGGCGCCCAAACCAGAACCAAUAUGAAAAAAAAGUGUCCUUGUUGGAAAAAGUGACGACCUUCAACACACCUCGGCAUAAGAAUAGAGUUGUAGUUGGUGAAGGAGGAGAUAAGGAUAAGAUAAGGAGGUGAAUGUGCUAUCGCUACCUGUAUAAGGAGAUGAAGGAGUGUGAGGCUUGACUAUAAGGAGAUGAAGGAGUGUGAGGCUUGACUAUAAGGAGAUGAAGGAGUGUGAGACUUGACUAUAAGGAGAUGACAGGUGUGAGAUUUGAUUAUAAGGAGGUGAAGGAGUGUAAGACUUGACUAUAAGGAGAUGACAGGUGUGAGAUUUGACUAUAAGGAGAUGGAGUGUGAGACUUGAGGUAUAAGGACGAAAAAGGGUGUGAGACUUGAGGUAUAAGGAGAUGAAAGAGUGUGAGACUUAACUAUAAGGAGAUGACAGGUAUGAGACUAGAGUGUAAGGAGAUGCAAAAGUGUGAGUCUUGACUAUAAGAAGAUGAAGGGGUGUGAGACUUGAGUAUAAGGAGGGAAAAGGUGUGAUACAGAUAUGAGGAAGGAUAAAAAAGUAUGAGACUAGUUUAAGAUUAGCACAGACCUCACUUUUAAACCAUCCGAAAAUUGUACUUGUAUUGUAAUGAAUGAAUAAACUCAGCAGACAAAA